CCAAAGUAGCAGCAGCAACAACAACAACAACAAUUAAAGCCAACAGCCACAAAACGACGACGACCACAAGAUGUUGAACCAGCUAGGCAAAGCAACAACCAGAAUUCGACUCAAAAGGCAACAACAACAACAACAGUCACCUAUCAACAAGGCAAAAGCUGCUAAACUACAUCACAUUCAACGCUGGAGCUUAACAUUGCUGUUAACGUUAACAGUCUGUCUACAGCAUGCUCAUUGCGCUGAUCUAGCCAUUAGUAUACCCAAUAAUCCUGGACUGGAUGAUGGUGCAUCAUAUCGUUUAGAUUAUAGUCCACCCUUUGGUUAUCCGGAACCGAAUACAACAAUUGCCUCCCGGGAUAUCGGCGAUGAGAUACAAUUCUCGCGUGCUUUGCCUGGCACCAAAUACAAUUUCUGGUUAUAUUAUACAAAUCUAACGCAUCAUGAUUGGCUCACCUGGACGGUGACCAUUACAACGGCACCUGAUCCACCAUCGAAUCUGUCGGUACAAGUGAGAAGUGGUAAAAAUGCCAUAAUACUCUGGUCACCGCCCACACAGGGCAGCUAUACGGCAUUCAAAAUCAAGGUGCUCGGCUUAUCGGAGGCAUCUAGCAGCUAUAAUCGGACAUUUCAGGUCAAUGAUAAUACAUUCCAGCAUAGUGUUAAGGAAUUGACACCGGGCGCUACGUAUCAGGUGCAGGCCUAUACCAUAUACGAUGGCAAAGAAUCUGUGGCCUAUACGAGUCGGAAUUUUACCACAAGUCGAAGGACGCGGCAUAAAGAGUUGCUGGAUAUUAAAAUAUUGAGAGAGCCCAACACGCCGGGUAAAUUCAUUGUCUGGUUUCGAAAUGAGACGACACUGUUGGUGCUAUGGCAGCCACCCUAUCCGGCUGGGAUAUACACACACUACAAGGUCUCUAUUGAGCCGCCCGAUGCCAAUGACAGUGUGCUGUAUGUGGAGAAGGAGGGUGAACCCCCGGGACCGGCACAGGCGGCCUUUAAGGGCCUAGUGCCUGGACGAGCUUACAAUAUAUCGGUGCAAACAAUGUCCGAGGAUGAGAUAUCAUUGCCCACCACAGCCCAAUAUCGGACAGUGCCGUUGCGACCGUUAAAUGUCACCUUUGACAAGGAUCACAUCACAUCGAAUUCAUUUCGUGUCCUUUGGGAGGCACCCAAGGGCGUGUCUGAAUUCGAUAAAUACCAGGUAUCGGUGGCCACCACCCGACGACAGUCGACAGUCAGUCGCAGCAAUGAACCGGUUGCCUAUUUCGAUUUCCGUGACAUUGCCGAGCCGGGCAAAACAUUCAAUGUGAUUGUGAAAACAGUUUCGGGUAAGGUAACCUCUUGGCCAGCCACCGGUGAUGUGACACUGCGACCACUGCCUGUCCGCAAUUUGCGUAGCUUCAACGAUGACAAGACCAACACCAUGAUCAUAACAUGGGAGGCAGAUGCGGCCAGCACCCAAGAUGAAUAUCGCAUUGUUUACCACGAGCUGGAAACCUUUAAUGGCGAUACUAGCACUUUGACCACAGAUCGGACACGUUUCACUUUGGAGAGUCUGUUGCCCGGACGCAAUUAUUCAUUGUCCGUGCAGGCUGUGUCCAAGAAAAUGGAAUCCAAUGAGACAAGCAUAUUUGUGGUGACACGUCCCUCAUCGCCCAUCAUUGAGGACUUGAAGAGCAUUCGCAUGGGUCUGAAUAUUAGCUGGAAAAGUGAUGUUAAUUCCAAGCAAGAGCAAUACGAGGUGCUCUACUCACGCAAUGGGACCAAUGAAGUGCGUACCCUUAUUACCAAGGAGUCACGAUUGGUUAUACCCAAUCUACAGCCUGGAGCUGGCUAUGAACUGAAAGUGUUUGCCGUAAGCCAUGAGUUGCGCAGCGAACCGCAUGCCUAUUUUCAGGCAGUGUAUCCCAAUCCACCGCGUAAUAUGACCAUCGAAACAGUGCGCAGCAAUUCGGUUCUAGUUCAUUGGUCACCGCCGGAAAGUGGUGAAUUCACGGAAUACUCGAUACGUUAUCGCACCGACAGUGAACAGCAAUGGGUACGUUUGCCCAGUGUAAGAUCCACCGAGGCGGAUAUUACCGAUAUGACCAAGGGCGAGAAAUAUACAAUACAAGUGAAUACGGUUAGUUUUGGCGUCGAGAGUCCCAAUCCGCAGGAGGUGAAUACAACAGUGCCACCGAAUCCAGUAUCGAAUAUUAUACAACUUGUCGAUUCGCGUAAUAUAACAUUGGAAUGGCCCAAACCGGAGGGUCGUGUCGAAUCCUAUAUACUUAAAUGGUGGCCCAGUGAUAAUCCAAGUAAAGUGCAAACGAAAAAUGUUUCGGAGAAUAAGUCAGCUGAUGACUUGUCCACGGUGCGUGUACUUAUUGGUGAUCUUAUGCCCGGUUUGCAGUAUAAAUUUGAUAUACAAACCACAUCGUAUGGCAUAUUAUCGGGAAUUACUAGCUUAUAUCCACGCACCAUGCCGCUCAUUCAAUCCGAUGUGGUGGUGGCCAAUGGGGAGAAGGAAGAUGAACGCGAUACCAUUACAUUGAGCUAUACACCGACACCACAAUCAUCAUCGAAAUUCGAUAUCUAUCGUUUCUCAUUGGGCGAUGCCGAGAUCAAGGAUAAAGAGAAACUGGCCAAUGAUACCGAUCGCAAGGUGACCUUCACGGGUCUUGUGCCCGGUCGCCUAUACAACAUUACCGUCUGGACUGUAAGUGGCGGUGUGGCCAGUUUGCCCAUUCAACGUCAGGAUCGUCUCUAUCCGGAGCCAAUUACUCAAUUGCAUGCCACCAAUAUUACGGAUACGGAAAUCUCACUUCGUUGGGAUCUGCCCAAAGGAGAGUACAAUGAUUUCGAUAUUGCCUAUCUGACCGCUGAUAAUCUGCUCGCCCAGAAUAUGACCAUACGCAAUGAGAUCACAAUUAACGAUUUGCGUCCACAUCGGAAUUACACAUUCACUGUGGUGGUGAGAUCCGGUACAGAGUCAUCGGUGUUGCGUAGCAGUGCACCACUUUCGGCCAGCUUCACCACCAACGAGGCAGUGCCCGGCCGUGUUGAACGGUUCCACCCCACCGAUGUGCAGCCAAGUGAAAUAAAUUUCGAAUGGUCCCUGCCCUCCAGUGAGGCCAAUGGCGUCAUCCGACAGUUCUCCAUUGCCUAUACGAAUGUCAACAAUCUAACCGAUGCUGGCAUGCAGGAUUUCGAUUCAGAGGAAUCAUUUGGUAUUAUCAAGAACCUGAAACCCGGCGAAACCUAUGUCUUUAAAAUUCAAGCGAAGACGGCAAUUGGUUUUGGUCCAGAGCGUGAAUAUCGGCAGACCAUGCCGAUAUUAGCUCCGCCACGUCCACCCACUCAGGUGGUGCCCACCGAAGUCUAUCGCAGCUCAUCGACCAUACAGAUACGUUUCCGUAAGAAUUAUUUCUCCGAUCAGAAUGGUCAGGUGCGCAUGUACACGAUCAUUGUGGCCGAAGAUGAUGCCAAAAACGCCUCCGGCCUGGAAAUGCCCAGUUGGCUGGAUGUACAAUCGUAUAGCGUAUGGUUACCCUAUCAGGCCAUCGAUCCAUAUUAUCCAUUUGAGAAUCGCUCGGUGGAAGAUUUCACCAUUGGCACCGAAAAUUGUGAUAAUCAUAAAAUUGGCUACUGCAAUGGACCGCUUAAAUCGGGCACCACAUACCGGGUGAAAGUGCGCGCCUUUACCGGACCCGAUAAAUUCACAGAUACAGCAUACAGUUUCCCCAUACAGACAGAACUUUUAAGUUCACCGGAUCAAGAUAAUACCUCACUAAUUGUGGCCAUUACAGUGCCCUUAACGAUUAUUCUCGUGCUGCUAGUCACAUUCCUUUUCUAUAAACGUCGUCGGAAUAAUUGCCGUAAAACCACCAAAGAUUCGCGUGCCAAUGAUAAUAUGUCACUGCCGGAUAGUGUUAUCGAACAGAAUCGUCCCAUAUUGAUCAAGAAUUUUGCCGAACAUUAUCGUCUAAUGUCAGCGGAUUCUGAUUUUCGUUUUAGCGAAGAAUUCGAAGAGCUAAAGCAUGUGGGUCGCGAUCAACCGUGCACAUUUGCCGAUUUGCCAUGCAAUCGUCCAAAGAAUCGUUUCACCAACAUCCUACCCUACGAUCAUUCGCGUUUCAAACUUCAACCUGUCGACGAUGAUGAGGGCUCCGAUUAUAUCAAUGCCAAUUAUGUGCCCGGUCAUAAUUCACCGCGCGAAUUCAUCGUUACCCAAGGACCAUUGCAUUCGACACGGGAUGAUUUCUGGCGCAUGUGCUGGGAGAGCAAUUCGAGGGCAAUUGUAAUGCUAACACGUUGCUUUGAGAAGGGUCGCGAGAAAUGUGAUCAAUAUUGGCCAAAUGAUACGGUGCCAGUGUUCUAUGGCGAUAUCAAGGUGCAAAUACUCAAUGAUAGUCACUAUGCCGAUUGGGUGAUGACCGAAUUUAUGCUCUGCAGGGGCAGUGAACAACGCAUUUUGCGUCAUUUCCAUUUCACGACAUGGCCGGACUUUGGUGUGCCGAAUCCACCACAGACUUUGGUCCGAUUUGUGCGAGCUUUUCGUGAUCGCAUUGGAGCCGAACAGCGGCCCAUUGUGGUCCAUUGUAGUGCGGGUGUCGGUCGUUCUGGUACAUUUAUAACGCUCGAUCGCAUAUUGCAACAGAUUAAUACAUCCGAUUAUGUGGAUAUAUUUGGCAUUGUCUAUGCCAUGCGAAAGGAACGUGUUUGGAUGGUGCAAACGGAACAGCAAUAUAUCUGCAUACAUCAAUGCCUGCUGGCCGUAUUGGAGGGCAAAGAGAAUAUUGUCGGUCCUGCUCGAGAAAUGCACGACAAUGAAGGCUAUGAAGAUGAUGAGGGCAUAGCGGAGUCGGGCAUGUAAAUUCCAAAACAAAAUCCCCAACCAAAACGAACCGAACCCAACUCAAUCCAACCCAUCAUGUGGCCAACCAUAUAUAAAGGAAAAACAAAACAAAAACUAUUUACUUAAGUAACAAGAAGACGGAAGGAAGAAAAGAACGCUUGAUAUUAUACUUGAUAUAUGUAUAUAUAUAUAUAUAUAUAUAUACAUAUACAUAUAUAUACAUAUAUAUAACUGGAAACGCAGCAAUCUCGCCACUAUGAACCAAUUAAUACGUGCAUCACAACGUUUUACAGACCAUUUUUGCUGCUUUUUAUAUCAAAAAUGAAUAUGAAUAAUGAAUCUUAAACUAAAUCGGUAUCUGUAUAUACCUAGACACACAGACAAACACACACACAUAAACACACACACACA